UAAAACUACUACUACUCUUUACAGAUUCUGAAAUGUAUGUUUAAUAUUCGCAAUUAUCAUCAAAGAAUCGAAAUAAUUUUUAAAAAUGUUGGCAUUAUUUUAUCAAAUGAAAAUGGCUCAUCGUCAAUCCAACCGAAUGGAUGUAGAUUUUAUCGAUUACUAUCGUAAAAUCCAACGGAACUUUAGUACAACAAAAGACAAUCUCGCUUCGAAAUGCAGAAUUUGCUUAAAUUCGGGCUGUGUACUAAUCACAGACAACGAUAACACUAAACAACUGUUGGAGACCCUACAAGUUUUAGGCGAUAUAAAUAUAGAUGAAGAAAAGGCAUGGCCCAAAUAUUUGUGCGAAAUGUGCUAUAAAUUUUUAAUGAUAGUAAUCGAAUUUAGAAACGUCGCAAAACAGUCAUUAGAAAUAUUAAAACUACCAGUCAAAGAAGAGAUAUUUGAAACACAAGAAUUAAAUAUUUUUAAUGAUGCUAAUGACAAUCACAAUAAUGAUGCUGAACAAUGGUCCCACGAACAAGCCCCCGCUUGUGAAGAAAACCCCCCAAAGAAAACAGGAAUGAAGUUUUCACAAAAAAUAACAUGCAAAGUAUGUAGUAAAGUAGUCACGAAAUCAUAUUACAGAGACCACAUGACUAUGCAUGAUCCUGAUCAUAAAAAGUAUGUUUGUGAUAAAUGUGGAAAAUCAUUCCGAUUACGAUGUGCAUAUCACAAUCACAAUCGUAGACACACAAAUGACUUCUCAUAUAAAUGUCAAUUUUGUCCUUAUAGGGGUCGAUAUCCAGAAUUACUCAAAACACAUUUAAGAACACAUACUGGAGAAUACCAAUUUAUGUGUACUGAAUGUCCUGCUCGUUUUUUGUUUAAAAGUAACUUAAAUACUCACAUGUUUAAGCAUAAAAUACCACAAUUUAAAUGUGACGGGUGCAAGAGAGCUUUCCACUCAAAAUUAUUGUUACAGAGACAUUAUCAAGCUGAUCAUGUGGGUAUAAAAAAUCAUGUAUGCAACAUUUGUGGGAAGGCUUUUGGUUACCGAAACGCUAUGAUGAAACACCAAAGACGUGUUCAUAAAAGAGAGAAAAUGCUUCACGGACGAAUGCCAUCUUAUUUGAUGGCUGUGCAUGACAAUGCUGAACAGAAUUUUGAUUGAAAUUUUUUUCAAUGUAAUAUCAUAUAUUAAACUUCCUGAUACCAAUAAUUUCUGUCUGUUUUUAAAGAAAUUAUUAAAUUAAUUUAAACUCACUGAAUGCUGUUUCAGGGUGGUAAUUGCCAUUGGGUUUCUUUGUAUUUAACAUUACAUAUCUCAUAGGUUCCCCUAAACAGAAUUCUUUAAAAUGACAGGGACACGGUCAAGCUGUUGAGAAUUAAUAAAAACUAUUUGAAUCUUGUUUGAGGAAGGACAUCAGUGCUCAGAAAAAAACACCAUGGUGCGUGUUCAUUACAAAGUUGAACAUUGUGUAAAGAUUUCUGGGAAAGCACUAUUAAUAAAUUUUGCUCCGAUAGGAGUCUGUGAAACUUAAAAGAUAAUAAAGGGAUUAUCUUUAUUAAUUGCUCAAAGCACUCCCUGUCCUCAUUUUAAGUGUAUUUGUUAUUUAUGGAUGGCAUUUUCUGUGAUAAUAUCUUAUUCAUCCUGUUUUUUGUUUUUGUUUUAUUGCUUAGAUGGGCGGGUGAGCUCACAGCCCACCUGACGUUGACGUUAACGGAGCCCGUUGACAUGAACUCUGACAUGUAAGCAAUCUCACAGGGGUUCAAACUGAGAGAACUUGCCAACACUAGCCCUAGCAAGAUCUGUCUUUUGCUUAACCUACCACCGAAUCGGAAUCGCGAUCACU